AUGGGUUGCAAGAACAACCGCGGAAGAGUCGAAGCUCCUCGGGCUGCAACAGUCUAUAGUGAGAAUAAGGCAUUGGCAGAAAAGCAACGAGUAGAGAAUUUGAAGCUCGAGAAGGAAAAGGCUGAGCAGCUCAUUCAAGCCAUUCAUCAACACGAUUCGAUGGCCGUCGAACAGGUUGGUGACACUAAGCAGCUCAUUAUCGACCUCGAUUUUGUCAACACAAGAUUCAUUGUCAAUAUGCCAUCGCUUCUUAAAGCAUUGCCUAUGUAUGCUACAUUCAUCUUUGACAUCAAGAUCCGACUCUAUGCGCCCGCACAACAUCGAUCACGUGCUGUUUACAAGAAUAGAAUCGCAAAUCUGAAGAAGAUGGUUGAGGUUCUGAACAAUUUCAACAUCAAGAACUUGAAGGUUAUCAUUGGACUCAAUGAUGAUGACUUUUACCAGAUGAAGUUAGCCGCCUUUGUCCAUGGACUGAAUUUUCAGAGAUGGAACAUGACUUCUCACAUGUUCGAUGAACAAGGAGAAACUGUUGCCAAGGCUAAAGUUACAAGAGGUAGCUCAUAUGGUCGUAGACUUCGCGGAGUUUAUGAAGCAGAGUUUGAGACUCAGUAA